AUGAGCUCGCUAAGCUACUUCACCCCGGCCCGAGAGGAAGAGCUGCUGUGGUCGGGGAACGCAGGAGCAGCCACCGGACCUCAACCCAGCACCCUCGGAGGAGAGGAGGCGAGAGAGAGGAGGGGAAGAGCAGGGGAGCACGUCCAGGCUAGCAGGCAGCAGGUCAGCACCACCAGUACUACCACGGAGCUGGAGGGGCUGAGGCUGCUGCGUUGUGCCCAGGAAGGUGACCUGUCUGGGGUGAGAGGCCUGCUGUCCCGGGGGGUGGAUGUCAACUUCCAGGACAGCUGGUGGUGGACAGGUCUGAUGUGUGCAGCUGCGGCAGGGCAGCGGGGUGUCGUUAGGCUCCUCCUCCAGCAGGGGGCGGCGUGGGUGGGCGUGGUGGACACGCAGGGCCGGGACGCCAGGGAGCUGGCUAGGAGGGCGGGGCAUAGCGGGGUCCUAGAGGAACUGGACUUCGGGUCUCCGUAUGACCAUGAGACGGGUGACCGCGACCGGCGUGGGAGACAGAGGGGUGAACCCAACCACCAGGACCAGAGUUCUCCCCCAGCAACAGCAGCAGACCAGAGCCAUCAGAACCAGUCAAUCCAGACCCAGUGGUGUCCAGUCUGCAGUGUCCACUACACCUGUCCUCCAGAGACGCACCUCUCCUCCACCCUCCACCUGUUCUCUCUCUCCCGCCCUGCCCCCCCUCCCCACUACUGCCUCCCCCCCUCCACCCCCGCCUACCAGAUGAUGCUGCGCUCUGGAUGGACCCCUGGGGGGGGGCUUGGGCCCGAGGGGGAGGGUCACAAACAGCCGGUCCGGACCGUCCUGAAGAGAGACAGCAGAGGCCUGGGGUACGGACCCACGCCCCGACCCAAGGUCACACACUUCCAACCUAAGGACCCGCAGGCAGUCAGACGGACGGGGAAGGAGGGGCGGGGGGAGAGGGGGAGGAGGGGGAUGAAGGAGCAGAGCAAGAGGGAGGAGAAGGACAGGAACUGGGAGAGGGACUUCCGCUCUUCGUUUAACACCUUUGACCCCUGACCUCUAAACUCUGAUGUCAUCACCUGUUGUAGUCAGUGUCUCUCUGUAGUGUACACUCUGCUCUCUCUCUCUCUCUCUCUCUCUCUCUCUCUCUCUCUCUCUCUGUAGU